AAUUUCCACUCAUACACCUCAAACUUCAUAAUUUUCUACUCCAACAAAAUUUAAACCAAAAUGUGUACCGGCAACACUGAGAAGAAGAUUCCAUCUGGUCUAGUCCGUUCUUUUGAAAGAAAGCAAAGAUCAAAGCGAUCUGGAGUUGAAGUUCACAGGCAUACCAGAAGAUGUGAAGAAGAGGAGGAGAAGGAUUUGGAACUAAAGAACCUGAAGCUAUAUUUGGAGAACAAAAGUAUAAUUGAAGAGAAUGAAAAGCUGAGGAGAAAGGCUUGUCUUCUUCACCAAGAGAACUUAGCCUUAAUGAAUGAGUUUCAGAAGAAAUUCCCCCAUUGGGAACGUUCCUCCUCCACCCUUAUUUCUUCUUCACAAACACUGAUAUCACACGAAAACAAGUGAUACACACACUCUCUCUCUCUCUUUUUGUGUUACCCUUUAGUUGUUUUCGAAUUAUGUUAUUUCCUUAUCGGAGAAUAAGGAUUAAUAAAUUGCUAGGGAUAAUUGUUGUUAUAAAUUCAUGAUCAAAGAUGAAAACCUGUACUUUCUGUGUUAUGUUAAUGGGUUGCUAUAAACAGAAUAUUGACACAA